CACAUCUCUUUUAUUCGUGCGGUGGUGUUCCCCGCGGAAGUUGCUCGUUGGAGUGAAAGGGUAAGAUGUGUGGAUAAUUUCCAUAAAACUGUGCGAGAGGAGUAAAAACUUUUCAGUGAUUCCGUCGGAGGGGUUGACACUUUGUUGCAUAAACAGAGAACGUGCAUUGCGGGGAAAUGUUGGAGUGCGGCAUGCUGGAGCGGCACAAAAAGGCUCUUCAGAGAAACUCUGCUGUUCUGUGCAAAGAGCUGGUCGUGGACGAGCUGCUCACCCAGUCCCUGCACGCUGAUGGCAUCCUUACGGAGAACAUGGCAGAAACCAUCAUGGCAGAGAAAACAUCUCAGAAACGUAGCUGGCGUUUGUUGCUUCUCCUACCAAAGCGAGGACCCAAAGCCUUUCAGAGCUUUUGCUCGGCUCUCCAGGACACUGAGCAGCAGCACCUCUGUGACUUGAUAAGAAAAUCAGCUGAGAGUGACGCCAGAGAGACACACGUAGAUUGUGUUCAGCCAGAGAAAGUGGCAGAAGAAACGUCAGGACGACCGGCGAAAACACAGAAUGGCAGAGAGACUUCCUCAUUAGACAAAGAGGAAAGGAGCGAGGUGAGCAGCACCUCAUCAUUCUCAGCCAGGUCCUCUGAUAGAUACGCAGCAUCCUCUCAGUCCGCCAGAAAGCUCAGCAAAGUCAGAGAGGAAAACAGGGACAAAGACGAGAAAAAGAGGCCUUCUCUCCCAUUUUCAACUCAGGAGGAAUAUCCUGCGAAGAGGGCAAGGACACGUGCAGAGUCCUUGGAGUUCAGCCUCGAUUCCGACAGUCCCAUCAACACUCCUGUUCUGCCAUGUUGUCCGGACUUCUUUCUGUCUCACUGCGAGCAGUCUUACAGAAUGGGCUCUUCGCCCCGAGGCUUUGCCUUGGUCAUCAGUAACGUGAGCUUUGACUCCUGCGCUGCCCCGGACCUGGACCCACGGAGGGGAGGGGAGGUGGACGACGAGGUCCUCAGGAAGGUUUUCACCGAGCUCGACUACCACGUCAGCGUCCACAGAGACCUUACUGCCCAGGACAUGAGGAAAUGCAUCGAGACCUUCUGCCGGCGGCCCGAACACCGCACCGUGGACAGCUGUGUGGUGUGUCUGCUCUCCCACGGAGUGGAAGGGGCGAUUUACGGCACAGAUGGACAACUUAUUCAGCUGGACUGGGUGUUCGAGGCCUUCGACAACGCACACUGUCCGCUGCUUCAGAACAAGCCAAAGAUGUUUUUCAUUCAAGCCUGCAGAGGAGACGAGAUGGACUGUGGAGUGGAGCAGCUAGACGGGCCGGGGAGGAUCUCUUCACCGAGCUGUGAGCAGCGAGAUGCCGGUAGGGAAGGAGAAGGGGAUGCAGACCCCAGGCAGAGACGGGACAUGGGGCGGCCCAGGAUUAAGCUGCCUCAGCGCUCAGAUAUGAUCUGUGGCUUCGCGUCUCUCAAAGGUCAGAGAAUUAGCACGGCAGCAAUGCGAAACACCAAGCGAGGGUCUUGGUUUAUCCAGGAACUAAACACAGCACUCCGACUUAACGCCAGAGACACACACCUUUCAGACAUACUGGUGCAGGUAAACGCACGUAUCAAGGAGAGGGAAGGUUACGCGCCGGGCACCGCCCACCAUCGCUGCAAAGAGAUGUCCGAGUUCACCAGCUCCCUCUGCAAAGACCUCUACUUUUUCCCAAAGUACCAGCCCCAGUAUUGAAAUGCCGAAGCGCACUUUAGACCAACAAGCACACAGAUCAGUUUUUUGCGUUGAAGCCGUUCUGUGAAGCUUCAACAGAACCGCCCCUCGUCGCGUCACAUGCUCACAUUCCUCCCCUCGAUGCAACGUCGCAUCCGUUUCCAUUCGAACCACAGACACACACAUUCCUGUGACAGGGAAAGGAGAUACCUAAGAUGUUCCACAUGCACACUUUUUAAUGGGAAACAUAAAAUAUUUGAGUUUAUGCCAGUUAGAGGGUUUAUUUGUUGAUCCUUUCAGUCAAGCUGCACAGCAACUCCGAUGUUCCUCAAGUCUCUUUUUCUCAAAUAGGUAUUUUUUACACAGAUCUAUUUUUGUGGCUUGGUUUUGUACGAAAUGUUUUUUAUAUUAAUUUUUGAGCCCCGCUCUUUUUUAUUUGUACCUGUUUGUAAAAAGUUUGUGAACCCGGCUUGUUUUCAGCACAGCGACAGGCAGGGGGCAGCACCACAGAGACGAAUCAUUUCAUCGUCGCUUGCUGAUAAAAGAUUUGCACCUCCUGUGGUUUUGGCAGACGCAUAUGAAAACGAAAAAAAAAGGUUUUGAAAGAAACAAGUAAAGUGCUUAGGAAAAACACUCACAGGGCAUCUACUGGUGGAAAAUGUUCAGACAUUUAUUCUUUUAUCUCGAUGGUAAAUGCAGACUUGGAAAUAUGCAGCUUUUUAAAUGUUAAUUUUAAAUCUUUGUUCGCUUAUAAUCUCCUGCCUAUUACCGGGUGAUGGGCUGGAAUUUGGUGCUACUCGCUGGCUUAUUCAUCCACAGUAUAAUUACUGACCUUUGUUUCUACAGUGCUUUGCAAAAAUAUUUAUACCCAUAAAGGUUUGUCCCAUUAAAAGCACAGAUAUCAGGGUAUUUCAUUAGGAUCUUACAUGUUAGACCAACACAAAAUAGCACAUAACGGUGAGAGGGAAUGAAAAAAAACAAGACGCAAUAAAUAUCUGAGUUACUGUGAACAUCAAUUUCAAGCCUUCUCACAGAUUAUUGAUUAACUUCAGGUCUGGACUUUGACUAGGCCAUUUGAACCAUCAUAUUGCAGCAGCUCUGGCUGUAUGUUUAACGUCAUCGUCCUGCAGGAGGGUGAAAGUUAUUGUUGGUUUUUUUGUUGUCGCUAAAAGGACUCCCUUGUAUUUAGCUCCAUUUGUCUCCCUAGGCGUCUUUCACCACCUCCCCUGCCUCUGCUGAAGAAAAACAGCCCCACAGUAUGAUGCUACCACCACCUUGUUUCCCCAUAGGGAUGGGCAAAAAAAAUAAUCUGUGGUUUUUAAACUUUGAUAAGCUAAUCCUUCUUCAAACCUCUCCACAGCUUUAUCAGUGACAUUCCUGGCAUGUUUCUUGGUCUGCAUAAUUUUUCAAUUUAUGCAUUGCUUUGCAUAAAAACCCCAAAGUGAAGUAAAUGAAAGCUUGUGCUUUGGUUGUAACGUGACAAGAUGUCAAAAGGUUAGAAGGAGUGUCAAUACUUUUGCAAAGCACUGUGGUGUUUAUCUCUGCAUGGGAAGUUUAUAUUUGGUGAAUUUUACUACAGCCGAUGCAGUCAGGAUACACGACGUCUUCCAAAAACAUGGAGCGGUUUUCUCACGGCAGCCGUGUGAGGAUUUUUAUUUUGUAUUUUUUAGAUAAACUCAAAGAUCACAGAUCAUAUUGUUCUGGCAGCCUGAGUGAAAAUUAAAAGCCCCCAGAGAGGCCUCGGCGAGAAAAAGUACGUCCUGUUACGGCAGUGUUGUUUUGUGGGGGGGGAGAGAAAAAGUACGUCGCUGAAACAGUAUUGCUUUAUAACCAUCUGUACACGAAGAUGCUCCUAAAGACCACUCUGUUCUGGAGCAGACAUUCCUUUCUUUAAUGGGACAAUGAAGAGAUAAUAUAAAGCCAGCAAUAUUUGACCGGAGUGGCGUGGUUUGAAGGUCAGAGUUCAUUGCCAAGUUCUGCUGCUGGACCACAGCGUGUGAAAAGAGGGCCUGAUGAGAUGUUAUUUAUCACCACCAAUGACUGCCAAAUGUUCCAUGCAAUAAAAAA